CGCGCGCCAGCGGCCGCUUCAUCCUCUAAAAACGUGACGAAGAAGAGCGACGCGGAAGUGACCCGGGCAGUGCUGAAAGCACGCGUGUCGUGGAGUUUCUCCGUGGAUCGUCAGAGGAGUUCUGCUCAGGUCUGCGAGCAUGGAGGAAGGUCUGGUUCGAGCCGCUAUUCCUCGUGAGCUGGUGGACGUUCUUGGUGUUGAGCCUCAGAGCAGCUUCAAAGCGAAGGCCUUCACCGAGGCGUUCCUGAAGAACAGCAUUCAGCAGCCCAGACGCCAUGACCUGCAGAACAUGCUGAGCCACAAAGCCGUGAUCCUCGGCUACGGCCGGCCCAAGAAGGAGCGGAGGAAGAGCGCCAAGGCCCGAGGGCUGAACGCGCGGCAGAAGAGGGAGCUGAAGGUCUUCCAGAUCAAUCCUGAACACCAGAGAUACGAGCUUUUCCUUCCUCUGCAUGAACUCUGGAGACAGUACAUCAUCGACCUGUGCGGGGGAUUGAAAGCAACGAGCAAUCCACAGGUCGUGCAGCAGAAGCUCCUGAAGGCGGAUUUCCACGGAGCCAUCCUCACAGUGGUGCGGUCCAAGUGUCCGUCUUAUGUGGGGACGUCUGGGAUUCUGGUGCAAGAGUUCAAACACGUCUUCAAGAUCAUCACCAGAGACGACAAACUGAAAGUGAUCCCAAAGAGGAACAGCGUGUUUGCAGUGGAGAUCAACGGCUUCGUCUCGCACAUCUACGGCAGCAAGUUUGAGUAUCGAGCCAGCGAACGCGCCGCCAAGAAGUUCAAACUGAAAGGAACCAUCGACCUGUGAGAGCUUACAGCUGCUGCUCCCAUAGGCCGUCGCAGGAACUGCAGCCAGCGACGGCCGGAGUGGUUUUAUAAAUGCGGACACUUCGCCUCCGCUCCAGCUUCACAAAGCUCGAGGAAAAACCGAGAGCACAGUUUGGACUGAAGAGUCUUACAUAAAGCUGCAGGUGUGCAGUCAGAGCGACGAAGGCUGUUUACCUGCUGGAGGCCCCCCCCCCCCAUCUGCUAUUACAUGAACUGUUAUGUAAGCCUGGCAGCUGAUCUGGUGUCAUCAUACCUGUGAGAAGCUGAGCAGUUGUUCACUUUGAUUUUUUCCACUGCAGACGCUUCCCGCCUGUGCAGAGAGCCGGGUUUAAAGAAAUGGAAUGCUUCCUGUAAGCUGAUCCCGGCGUUCCUGCUGCGAGGCGCUCGUCACAUCUGAGUUGUAUAUUUCUGUAACCCGUCACGUUGACACAAACUUUUCUUUGUGUUUAAUUUAAACUGAAUAAAAUCAUCGGCCUGUUAUUGGUGUCGACCCUCAUUAACCUCACCAGCUGUUGUCCCGUGGACACACAGCUGCACACAUCGGCCAUGUCUGCUCUGCUGAUUUUAUCAUGGGAGGAGAUCCCGUGUGGGUCGUGGCUGAUGGUGUUUAUCGGGGGAAAGAUUGGAAGCGUUUUGUCUGAUGUCGUGACGGCUGCACAGGAAACUCGUGCUGAGGUGGAAAACCUGUUUGACAGCAUUCAGGACAGUUUUUAUUCGGCCGUCUGUUUUUCUGUGAGCCUGUGGAAAAGUUCAUGGGGGGACGUGGACUCAGAGGACAUGUACGGCCUCCUCACACGUUACUUUUCAUCCAGUUCAUACGACCAUCAGUGUGACCUGUGUCUCGUUUUCAGUCACAGUAACAUGGCGGAGAUGAUCAAUCUUCCUAAAAACCACAGACAGGUUUCCUUCUGCUCGCUGCAGCCGACGAACAAUCGUCCUGAUGUUGCAGCAGCAGCACAGCUGUGCACGUUUUCAGGGAUUAAAUGAAAUGUAAACAUCUGGAAUCAUUAUCUGAAGAUUGUUUUUAUCACCUGGUGUCUGAUUCUUACAUUUUCCUUUACAUAAUAGAGUUUGUCAGAGUACAUCAGAUGACGUC